AUGAAUAGAGUGCAUAGUAAGUGUGCACACCACAAGCAUAGUAAAAUACUCGAUAGGGUGGAAGUUGGAAAAGGAGGGUGGGCGUGGAUAAUGGUUGCACUUGUGCUUAUAAAUUAUCAGGUCCACUUUAGCAGCAGGCCCCAGAGAGUUAUUGCGCUCAUGCACAGCGAUAUCCAGGAUAGCAUAAGCCCUGCAGCAAUCCUGAGCUUUCUUGGCGUGAAUAUUUUCAGGUGGGGGAUUUUAUACGGAGUAUCCGAGCACCUGGAAGCCCUCGUUAUUUACAGCGUAAUACUUGCAUGCAUUUCCUUGGAGACUGUCGUUGCCCUCUUUACUGCGAAGGGCUUUGUCGGGCUGGGGCUGCGAUAUUUAAGCAUUUGCCAGCUCAUGAAGGGGAUUUCGUACAUUCUCUCGACGCGGGAAAGUGCAAUUCUGGGGCCAGACGAUCGCAUCAUCGACAAGCCAAAUGAAGCCGUGAGCGUGUGGAGGUUUAUAGCACUGCCCACACUUUGCUACCAAAGUGCGUAUCCCAUGAGCCCAAGCAUAUCCGUAUACUCUGUCGUUAUGUAUGCGCUUAUGAUUCGGCCGUUGGCAGUGCUUUCCUACUACUGCCUGAAAGUCCGCUGCAGAAAUGCAGCAAUUUCCUUCUGGGAGGACCUGACAGUGGACAAGUACGUGAGCGUCUUUAUGUGGUGCAAUUUAGGGUGGGUUUCCGUCUUUUCCCUCGUUUUUAUAGCGGCAUACGGCCUGCAAAGCGAGCUCACGCGGUUUGGAGACAGAAACUUCUUCGGCGCGUGGUGGAAUGCAUCAGUCUCUGGAUACUGGAGAAACUGGAACUCCCUGGUGUACAAGUGGAUACGCAGGCACGUCCACAAGAACCUCAUCAAGAGAAAUAUAACGAUAAGAAGCAGUAAAUUGGUCAUAUUUAUAGUGAGUGGAGCCGUGCACGAGUAUAUUAUUGGGGAUCUCCUCAAAUGCAGGGGGCUCGGGUUCUUUGCAAUGGCUUCUCAGGUGCCUUUGGAUGCUUUCAUUCGGUUUGGCCACAGAUGGGCGCAUUUCAACCAGGAAAUAGCAGCUACAGUCGCAUUCAACCUCAUAGGAGCACCCGGCCUGGUGCUUAUCUCUGUAAUGCCGGCGAAGUUCUUCGAAAUGGGCCUAAAGUCACAAUAG